AUGAAAGGCACAAGGUCUCUCGCAUCGAUAUUUCUACUUUUAAGCCUUGCUAGCAUUGGCACUGCUCUUUGGGGCCUAUCUCUCCCUGUUUCACAACACCAACAGCCGCUAGUUCCUUCGCGGGGUCAGCAAUCUAUCAUGGAUAAAUUCAUCCCAGACAUCCUCAAACCCCAGACCAAAGCACCGAGUGAGGACGUUGUCGGUGGAGCAGAUCAGCCAGUUGUCUCAGACGUUCUUCCAAAGACUAAAGGCAUCAAUAUCUUUGCCCAGCUGACCCGGGAUUUCGACUCCAUCUCCUCUCGCCUCAAUGACGCCUCUCACAAUAUCACAGUCCUAGCUCCGCGUAACAGUGCUGUGCAGGACCUUCCCCGCAAACCAUGGGAAGAUCCGGAAGACUAUGCUAAGUUUGGAGAUGUAAAUGCCUAUUCGGGCAGCGAUGGACAGGAGCGGGCGAUGCGCAAUUUGCGACGUUUCGUACAGGCUCAUAUCGUUCCUGUCAGUCCAUGGCGGGAGAACGAAGAGGUUGAAAGCCUGGGAGGAGAGAAGCUGAAGUGGACGAAAGAGGGUGACAAGAUUAUUCUCCAACCAGGAAACAUCGAGGUGGAUUCGAUUGCCGAGAAAGUGGCAAACGGAGAAGUCUGGGUGUUGAAUGGGGUGAUUAAUUACCGCUCCGAAUGA